AUGUCUUUCAAGAGCAUCGUACUCAACGAACGGCCCAAAGGUUACAUCGGCGAAACCACUUUCCGUUCUGAAAAGUGUCACCUAAAGGACUACGAACCCAAGCAAGGACAGGUCCUCGUCCAAGUAACAUGGCUCUCCUUGGACCCAGCUAUGAGAGGAUACCUCAAUGACGUCCGCAGUUAUAUGCCCCCAGUACAAAUCGGAGAGACCAUGCGUGGUGUCGGACUCGGUGUGGUGAUAAAGAAAGGCGAAGGAAGCCAGUUCAGGAUCGGUGAUAUCGUUUAUGGAGGAUUCGGAUGGACGGAAUACGCGGUCAUGGAAGACAAGAAGCUGAAGAAAAUUACAGUCCCACCAGGCGCAGAACCACUUGACUUUCUCAACUCUCUUGGACUACCAGGUGCGUCAGAGUUAUCCAAUCACUCUAGCUUCUUCUUAAUGCCCGACCAGGGCCUCAAAGAAGUUUGCAAGAUCAAAAAGGGCGAAACUCUGGUGGUGUCUGGAGCUGCAGGUGCUGUCGGGUCACUAGUUUGUCAACUCGGUAAACGUGCAGGAGCAAAAGUGAUUGCCAUAGCCGGAACGGAUGAGAAAUGCAACUGGUUAAAGAAUGAAGUUGGUGUCGACGAAACACUGAACUACAAAAGCCCGACGUUUGCUCGAGAUUUCAAGAAGCUAGGAUAUGUUGAUGCCUACUUUGACAAUGUUGGCGGCGAAAUGUUGGAUCUGGUCUUGACAAGGUUGAACAAAGGCGCGCGCAUAGCCCUCUGUGGUGCUAUUUCAGCAUAUAACGAACGUCCAAAAGGAUUGAAAAACUAUCUGACCCUCAUUUCGCAGCGCGCAACGAUGCAGGGCUUCAUAGUGCAAGCGCUCUUGCCCUUCUUUCCUUCCCUUCUACAUGCUGACUAUCGAUUUAUCAGUUUUGAUUAUGAUUCAAUGUUUGAUGAAGCUGUUACCGAGAUCUCAAAAGGACUUGGCGAUGGAUCGUUGAAGCGGAAAUUCCACGUUAUUGAAGGACUGGAGCGCGCACCUGCCGCCCUACCCAUGCUUUUCAGCGGGCAAAAUAACGGGAAAUUGUAA